AAGACUCAACAUUCAGACCCACUGGAGAAUCAGUCUCGUACGGAACCUCCGUGUGCAAGGAAGCAAUACUGCAAGUAUUUUGUAUUCGUAAAGAAGAAGAAGAGGAUCAAUCAUCAAUAAUGGGUGACAAGGCAGCAUCUCCGGUCGUAGUGGCUUCCGCACCAGCGGAAAGUAACUCAGCAGUUCAGGCAGCAUCGCCAAAAAAGCAAGCAGCAUCAGCUAAGUCGAAGAAGCCACGCGCCAAGCCAAAUCAUCCUCGUACAUCGGAAAUGGUGAAUGCCGCCAUUAAGAGUCUAAAAGAACGUGGUGGUUCUUCUCUGCAAGCCAUCAAGAAAUACGUUGCGACAACGUACAAGCUUGACGCCGAGAAGCACGCAUCGUUCAUCAAGAAAUAUCUGAAGAUUGCUGUGGCGUCUGGUGAGCUAGUGCAGACCAAAGGUAAGGGUGCUUCAGGAUCGUUUAAGCUACCUUCGGCCAAGACCGACGCACCCAAGCCAAAGGUGCAACGUCCAGCUGCUAAGAGCGUCGCGACGAAGAAGACUGUUGCUGCGAAGAAACCUGCUGCUAGCAAAAAGACCAGUGCAGCUAGCGUGGCUAAGAAGGCUGACGUUAGUAAGAAGAGUAGUGCAGCGGCUAAGAAGCCAGCGGCCGCCAAGAAGGCUGCUGCUCCUAAAAAAGCCGUUCCUGCUGCUACUGCUACUGCUGUCCCUGAAAAGCGCAAAGCUGCCAAAGAAGCUCCACCAAGAGUUGCCAAACCAAAAAGUCCGUCUAAGGUUAAGAAAGUCACCAAAUCACCUACGACCAAGCCUAAAGCACCUAAACCCAAAAAGGCUGCUGCUGCUGCUUCUAAAGGAGCUAAAACUGCGUCGAAGAAGCCAGUUUCACAAAAAAAGUGAAUACAAAUCCUGGCGGGAGAUUGAAAGAGAGAGAUAUGCGAACGGCCCUUAUCAGGGCCAACACGUUUUUAUUACGUAGACCAUGAUUUUUGGUUUCAUAAAAGUUCAUCCCUCAUUCUACCGUCAUUUCAUUUGUACAGAACGUCAUUUGACGAAAUUGAUUUUUAGAUACGAUAAAAGUCUGUAGUGUACCUUAUUAAUGAGUAUAAUUGAUUUACUUUAACUGAUCUAUUAGAGGGUAAAUGGCUGUGACAUUGUUCAGAGGAAUUUGUGAUAUUAAUUAACUAAUGUACAGGACACUGACUGUGGCAGCUCAUUUUUUGUGCAAAAUCUUUAUCUGGAGGAAUUUCCUAUACCUAAAUAUUGAGACGUACCUCGUACAUAGUUUAGAAAAAUCAAUAUUAUACAGUCGUUUCACGAGAAAGAAAGCCUAUUUAGGGGACUCUGUUACCUUUAAUGUUAUAGAAAUAUGGCCCCUCAAAAUCUAUUUUACUCGUGAACGGAUUACAUGUACAUAUAUAAGAACCAUUCUAUUGUUAUAUUCAGAUUACUUCAUCCAUAGCCUAAACUAGAUUAUUCAACAAGAGAUAAUUAUUGAAAAAUGUAGAUAUUUAGAUUAGUUAUUAAUAGAUCUGUUCGUUUUAGUAUUUUUAAGUGCUUGGAUGUGUUCGAAAAUGAGUAUAGAGCGCUGAGUGUAUCGUUGUUUAUUAAAUGCAUUGGAACGAG